CACUCAGACAAGGGAGAGCUCCGCCUGCUCUCAAUCAAUGACCUCUGGAAUUCAGAAAUACAAGUAGGUCCUCCUGUCUCCUGCGCAAAGCAUUCUGUGUAUUGUGGACUUGGGGAGCCUAAGUCUCUCACUGGCAGGUGUGGAAAGAUGGCUGAACCGAUAUCUCCAGACUACUUCAGCUGCCCUCUCUGCGUGGGCAUGCUGAGGGACCCCGUGGCCAUUCCCUGCGGCCACAGUUUCUGCAUGGACUGCAUCAGUAGUUACUGGAAUGAAGCAGAUUACACCGGGAUCUACAUCUGUCCCCAGUGCAGGAUCACUUUCACCCAGAGGCCCGUGCUGCGGCCCAAUACCAUGCUGAACAAAGUUGCUGAGAAGAUCAAAAAGUCAGGCUUCAGCCCUCCCGCCGCUCCCAACAGUUACGCUGGACCGGGGGACGUGCCGUGUGACUUCUGCACGGGCAAAAAGUUCAGGGCCAUCAAGUCCUGCCUGAACUGCCUGGCCUCCUACUGCGAAAAGCACCUGAAGCCUCACUAUGAGUCCGCCACUUUCAAACGGCACAAGCUGGUGGACGAGCUGGGCAACCUGGACCGCAAGAUCUGCCCCCAGCACCAGAAGUCCCUAGAACUGUUCUGUCGGACUGACCAGAUGUGUAUCUGUGCCCUCUGCACCGUUAGUGAGCACAGGGGCCACGACAUUGUCUCUGCUGAGGCUGAGAGGGGGGAGAAGCAGAAACUGCUUGGAGUUUCCCAGACAGAAAUCCGCCAGAAAUGCCAAGAAAGGAUGAAAGAGCUGGAGGAGCUGAGAACAGCAGUGGAUUCCUUAAAAAGUUCAGCACAGAGAGCCAUGGCUGAGAGCGAGAAGAUGUUCACUGAGAUGAUUCGCUCCAUCGAGAGAAUGCGCUCUGAGGUCACCAAGCUCAUCGGCAUCAAUGAGAAGGCAGCUUUCAACCAGGCAGAGGGGCUGGUGGAGCGAUUGGAGCAGGAAAUCGAGGAGUUAAAGAAAAAGGAGUCAGGACUGAAGCAACUGCACAGCACAGAGGACCACAUACAUUUCUUACAGAACUUCAACUAUCUCUGCACCCCCACUGACGAUGGAUUUAUACCACGCGUGACGGUCAACCCAGAUUUCUCCUUUGGGGCUGCCAGGAAAGCUGUGGCUGAAAUCAAGGAGCGCUUGGAGGAAAUAGGCAGGGAGGAACUACUGAAGAUCUCCAAAUCAGUAAAUGAAAUUCCAGUAUACACCAUGGAGAAUAGAACCAAGGAGAGAACCAUUAAAGCCAAAGAAGUCACCACAGUGGACAGUGCUCUACCUCCCGAACCCCGGAGCAGAUCAGAAUUUUUGAAAUACUUCUGUCAGCUCAGACUGGACCCCAGCACCGCAUACAAGGAGCUCUUCUUGUCUGAUGGCAACAGAAAGGUGAUCCGGACGAGGGAACUGCAGCCCUACUCCGAGAAUCCUGAGAGGUUUGACAGCUUCGCCCAGGUGCUCUGCCGGGAGGCCCUCUCGGGGAGCCGCUUCUACUGGGAAAUCGAGUGGAGCGGGGAGUUCUCCAUCGGCGUGGCCUACAAGGGAAUCAGCCGCAAGGGCAAAGGCUCCCUCUGCCUGUUGGGGUACAACGACAGGUCCUGGAGCUUACUAUGCUCCGAUUCGGGCUACUCCGCCUGGCACAACAGAGUGGACACGGCCAUAAGCGCCGCACACUCUCCAAGGAUAGGAGUCUACUUGGAUCACGCCGCUGGGAUCCUGGCAUUUUACAGCAUCGGAGAAACCAUGACCUUGCUCCAUAGGUUUGAGACGACGUUCAAGGAGCCGCUGUAUCCUGGCUUUGGAGUGGGCACCUCUGUCAAGAUCUGCCAGCUCAAAUGAACUGCCCCGUGUAGAAAAUAUGUUCCUUUUUUACUUUGCGGCUUUUAUGCUGUUUUUUUUAUCUAUUUGUUUUAAAUGCAAAUUUAUGCACCCAUCUGCUCUGUUGACAGGAUUUGUUUUCAUUAUUUUUUUAAAAAACUUCUUUCUUCAAAAUGUUAUAAUCAUUA